AAUUACGUCAGCAUUAAUAACUAUAGUACCUACUCAAUGCCAAGGAUCAUUACAGUCUCCUAAGUACAUAUAGCACGUUAUACUUGUCGGAUCAAAAUGGGUCAUAGAAAAACGGCUACCAUGCUUACAUAUCGGGGGUUAAUGGCGCCUGUUUUUACACCAUUCAAAAAUGAUGUACACAAGACUUUAAAUGUGGAUGUGAUUCCCUCCUAUGCCGAUUAUUGUCAGAAGAAUGGCAUAAAGGGUAUAUUAGUAAAUGGAACUACUGGAGAAGGAUCGUCUAUGACCACAAAAGAACGGAAACUAGUAACGGAAGUUUGGAUGGAACAGUGUAAGUCAAGAAAGCAGCAUCUCAUGGUUCAAGUUGGAGGAAUUUCGCUACCAGAUGUUCUCUCACUGGCUGCACACGCAGAAAAAACUGGCGCAGACUCGAUUUUAUGUUUACCAGAACUAUUUCAAAAACCAACCUCGAUUGCCGACCUUAUUCGCUACUUAAAAAUGGUGGCAAAAGCUGCACCCAAUACACCUCUAUUAUACUAUCACAUACCAAGAAUGACACAUGUGAAUAUUCACAUGGGCACGUUUUUAAAUUCAGUUGGAAACAGUAUUCCAACAUUCAGUGGUAUAAAAUUCAGCUCGACUGUUCUAGAUGAAGGAUUGGCCGCUGUCAAAGCAGACAAAGAAAAAUAUUGUGUCUUCUUAGGGGCACAUGCUAUAAUGGCAGGUGCAUAUACAUUAGGAUUCAGUCUUGGAAUAGCAACGACGCAGAAUAUAUUUCCACAGUUUGGCGAAACAAUUUUAAAGUCCAUUAUGAAAGGACAGCUGUUACAAGCACAGGAGACUCAAGCCGAUUUAAAUACUGCUGUUAAUAUCAUCAAUAAAUAUGGACCUUUUGUUCCUAGUAUGAAGGCGGCAAUGCAAAUAUUGUCUUCAGUACCAGUUGGUGAAACAAGGGAACCUGUCACGCCUGUACCCGUAGAGCAAAUGAAAAAAAUGGAAAUUGAGCUUAGAGCAUUACCGUUUAUCAAGUGAUUACAAUAUCAAAUUCACUUUAUUUUUUGUUGUUCUGGCUUGGUGUUUUUUAUUAAACACAUUAUACGAGAGUCAGUCUUAACCUUGUACGGAAUUCUCAUGUAUAGUACUACCAUAGUAUUAUACUAUGGUACUACAAUUAGAUCUCUUCUACAGAACAAUAAAUUAUUACGAUUAUGUUCCAA